AUGCCUGCCUCGACACCUGUUCCUACCAAUCUAGCCGCGUUCCAAGGCGACAAGUACGCCGAUGCAUGGGCUGCUCAAUGGAAGAAAGGCGAAAGCCUGCCCUGGGACGAAGGGUUCCCCAAUCCAGCACUAGAAGACGCGCUCGUGAAUCACAAAGCCACGAUCGGAGAGGCCAUUGGCCACGAUGCACAGGGCCAGCCAUACCGACGUAAAGCUCUAGUUCCAGGUUGCGGACGAGGAGUUGAUGUGCUGCUCCUGGCGAGCUUUGGGUUUGACGCAUAUGGCCUCGAGUACAGCCCAGAUGCGAUCGAGGCAUGCAAAAAGGAGGAGAAAGAGAACCAUAGCUGGUACCGUGCCCGUGACCAAGCCGUUGGCCCAGGCAAGGUCAACUGGUUCUUUUGCGCCUUGAGCCCCUCAAUGCGUCCCCGAUGGGCUCUCCGUCAGACUCAACUUCUCGCUCCAUCUCCGUCUGGCAAUUUGAUUUGUCUCGAGUUUCCUCGGCACAAAAGCCCAUCAGAGGCAGGACCCCCAUGGGCCUCGCCCUCCGAGGCGUAUAUGGAGCAUUUAAGCCAUCCCGGAGAAGAAGUGCAUUACAAUGACCAAGGCCUUGUCAAGGAGAAUCCUUUGCAGCCGCCAAGCAAAGCCGGCCUCGAAAGAGUGGCUUUCUGGCAGCCUGAGCGAACUCAUGAAAAGGGCCAGGGUAAAGAUGGAGUGAUCCAUGAUAGAGUUUCUAUCUGGCGUCGACGCAACUAA